AUGGAACUGUCCGGACCCAUUCCAGAACUACAGACUGGGGAGCAGCAUCCAGACCCAUACCUUGCCGACUUUACCAGGCUGGGCCCGCAGAUCUUCUUCUACGAACCACGGGGAUCAAUUCCCUCUGACGCGGACGAUGUGACGACGCCCGACCUGAUCAUACUAUGUUCCUGGAUGGGAGCGCUCCCAAGAUAUAUCGCCAAGUAUACCAAACCAUAUCAGUCGAUAUUUCCGCGCUCACCAAUCCUCUUGCUCAAGCAGGACGGAGCUGAUUUAUUCUGGAAGCCAAGAUACUUUCAAGGGCACGCCAUACAGCCCGCAUUAUCGGUGAUACGGCAAGUUGUCCAGGAAAAACUACCAGGCAAACCUCGAAUUCUUCUUCACAUCUUCUCAAAUGGAGGGUCAUACUCGGCGUUAUUUCUCGCCGAUGCCUAUCGGAAUUCAUCACCCAAUAAAGACGAAACGCUCCCUAUCUCGGCACUCAUCUUAGACAGCACCCCUAGUCUACCUUCUUCCAAGAGUGGACACGCUGCCAUUUCGGAGUUGCUUCCUAAGUCUGAACCUAUGCGAACAGUCAGCAGCGCCGCUAUAUGGGCCUUCAUCGGCAUUGCGCAGACUUACGAAACGCUGUCAAGAAGCGAGAACAUAACAAUAUGGUUGCGAAGGAAGCUGAAUGAACCUGGCAGCGCAUUCACUCAGGAUGGGUUGAAGAGGCUAUAUAUCUACUCGCAAGCAGAUGCUCUGAUCCCAGCAGGAGACGUGGAAUCCCAUGCCAAAGAAGCGGUAGACAUUAUUGGCGAGGAAAGGGUUCAACUAGAAGACUUUGAGACUAGUAGACACGUAGGCCAUGCCAUGCUCAAUGGACAGAGAUACUGGAAACUAGUAGAGGAUCUGUGGAAAGAAAUGACUUCAUAA